GUCAGCACCACCCUCCACUCAAAAGGCACCAGUCAAUUUGGACCCGCUGAAGCUAAGGCUUGUAAAGCCUUGCAUCAUCCUAGAAAGAAACAAAAAUUCUGCAUAAACCAUCCAUCCAUCUCUAAGGUCAUAUGAUGUUUCAGGCUUUUGCAUCAGUUUUCUGAGACCCCCAAAGAGUGUUUCUCUGCUUCUUGCAUAUAAUUAUGCCAUGGAGGCCCUCAAUGCAGCAAGCUUGACCCCCUUAUCUGUUCUUGGUGACAGAAAAAAAGAACCCAGAAAAUUUCCAUCACUGCCCACCAUUUCCCUACCCAAAUUCUCAAAUCCCACAAGUCUUAGCACCCCACAAGCUUCACAGGAGUGGUCAUCUAGGAGCUUUCAUGGUGGCCUGUUGCUUUUAUCUUCUGUUUUCAAUACUGGGUUUGCCAAAGCUUUGACAUAUGAAGAAGCAUUGGGGCAAUUUGUGAGUACCAGUACAGGUGGAGACUUGGAAGCAAGUCGGAUUCUUGAUAAUGUUACUGCUUUUGUGACUGAGAACCCUGCAGUUAUAGCUGGUGGUUUUGCCAUUUUGGCUGUUCCCUUGGUUUUGUCUCAGGUUCUGAAGCCUCCCAAGCCAUGGGGUGUUGAUACUGCAAGAAAUGCUUAUGCAAAAUUGGGUGAUGAUGCCAAUGCUCAGUUGCUUGAUAUCAGAGCACCAGCUGAGUUUAGGCAAGUUGGUACGCCGGAUGUCCGGGGUCUGGGGAAGAAGGCGGUGCCAAUUGUUUACAAAGGUGAAGAUAAGCCAGGUUUCUUGAAGAAGCUUUCUUUGAAGUUCAAGGAACCAGAAAAUACCACAUUGUUCGUCCUAGAUAAAUUUGAUGGGAACUCCGAACUGGUUGCAGAGUUAGUCACUGUAAAUGGGUUCAAAGCUGCGUAUGCCAUAAAAGAUGGCGCAGAAGGACCCCGGGGAUGGGUGAAUAGCGGUCUUCCUUGGACACUACCAACAAAAGGACUGUCUCUUGAUUUUGGCAAUUUAGCGGAUGCUAUUGGUGAUGCAGUUGGAGAAGGAUCAGGUGCCUUGUCUGUUUCCCUUGGGAUUGCUGCAGCCACUGGAUUGGGUUUAUUGGCUUAUGCUGAGUUAGAAACAAUCCUCCAAGUCUUAGGCUCAGCUGCACUAGUUCAGUUUGCGAGCAAGAAACUCCUUUUUGCUGAGGAUCGAAAAGCAACUCUACAAGAAGUUGAUAAGUUCUUAACCACCAAGGUUGCCCCUAAGGACCUUGUUGAUGACAUAAAGCAAAUCGGUACAGCUCUUCUGCCAGUGUCUGUGACUAGCAAAGCUCUUCCUGCACCUGCAGAAGCAACCCCAGAGCCUACUGCUGCUAAUGAUACUGUACAGAAAGCAGAAGCUGCUCCUGAAAUAAAUUCAGUGCCCAAACCAGAAGUUAAAGCAGAAUCACUACCUGGGAUUUCGAAACCACUUUCUCCAUUCCCUUAUUAUCCCGAUUUCAAGCCUCCAGCGUCUCCCCGCCCAUCCCAGCCCUAAAGACAUAUCUCAAAGCAGCAAGCUGUUUAUCUAGGAAUCUUCAGAGCUACACUAUUAGUUGUGCAACUUAUGCUCCUGUUGCUGUGUUACAUGAAGUUUUGGAGGCUACAUUUCUCUGAAGAUAUAUAACACUCAUGAGUUGGAUAAAAUAGUUUUCCAGAAGUAGCCCUCUUCUUGCGUUUUUCUCACUGCUUAAAUACACUAUUUGUAAAAUCAGGUGGAUAUUUGUAGUUUUCCAUAAGUAGCCCUCUUCAUGUAUUAGCUCUGUUUGGAUUCUCCAUAAAUAGUAUCUCUGAAGGGUUUUUGGAACAGGCA